AUGAAGCACCUGUUGGCACUAUGCUCAACAAUCCUGCUCUCAGGUGUUAUUAUUGACGCAUUUCAUUGCGAUUUCUAUGAAGAACAUGAGCUUAUUAGGGGCGACUCUCUCGUUGUGUGUGAAGUGGAUAUUGGCCAUGAUAACUUCGCAACAAUUAUAUGCCCACGUCAAGUCAACAACGCAGAUUACACCAUCCAUCCUCGAUCAAGGCCGGAUACAGGCAAUCAAAUUGAGACGUAUGUGAGUGACAAUUGGAAAUUACGCUCCGUCCCUCUUUCGGAUGUUAUAGUUACGGAAGUGCCACACUCAUUUGCAUGGAUGGAAACGACUCUGUCAUGUGCUACUCUGUAUUUGACGCUAAAGGAUUACUACAUAUCUGCCAUUACUGAACACCGUUUUACAUUCAUUUGUGGGCCGAGAGAUUUAGUUAUGAGUGAUGCAUUGCAGCGCCACCUUAACAGCCUCGAUGGUACCAUCCAAACACAAGAGCACCCUAAUUCUGCAAGCGCUGCAUUGGAGGACGAGAUUAAGAAAAUAGUUAACGGUUUGGGGAUAGUGUUUAUGUACAGAGGGCACAAGCAUUUACCGCUGCAAGGGUGUGGUACUCGCCCUUCACCACUCUUCGAUCCGGAUAUGGAGGUAACCGUAGAUCGUGUCACUGGCACGCGUUCAUGUGUUGCGAACCCGAUGUCGAAAUCACGUAUAGGAUUUCUUUGCGAAGGACGUAUUGAACCCCAUGAUUGCAUGAUAUCACUCAUAGAUGAGAAUGGCGGCGUUGUGACUGCGCCUCGACCUUUCCCGUAUUGGAGUUUCAAUUACAACAUGCCUUGGGUUGUAGGAAACUAUUUUUACAAGUUUCCAUUAGACCCAUUUCAAGGCGAAUGUAGGUGCGUAGAUCCCCGCACUGGCCAGGUGAAAGCCAAGAUAGAGAUUCGUUCUAAAAUGGAUUACGUCUGCGACAUCGCUAGCAAAAUAUUUCGCAAUCGUUUUCGACCCAUUAGUGGUCCUUGGUGUUCGGUCGUACUUCAUCCUGGCAGCAAGCUGACCAUAAAAGUGCCUAUGCAGCCCGUGAUCUCGGUAUAUAUCGACGAGGGUGUUUCAGGUGUGCCAUUUUCUCAACUGCCGUCUAUCUAUGAAUAUGAAACUGCAUUCCUGCCAAAGGACUUGACCACGCUGAGGCAACUGAUUUCACUGCGUGGUGCCGAUAUUUACGACGAAGUAUUCUAUUAUCGUGCCCUUGCUGGGGAUGCGCUCGAGUUGGAUGCAUCCCAAAUUUCGCGGGGAGAGGUCACACUGAAGUACCAUUCCGACAAACCUCUUGCUUUACGAAGCGGAUUGAAUUCGUUUUAUUACAAUUGGACACUGAUAUCUAAUAACGACAACAUUCCAGAUAGGAUAAGGGCUACCAUCAACGUGUCCUUUGCGUUUAACCACGAGUACACGAAAGUUGGUUGUGAUAGAGGGCAAAGACAUGUCUUCGAUCAACAGUUGAGCAGGAAAUAUUGCACAAACAAAGUCAUGAGUAACGACAUAGGGAGUAUUUAUGAAUGCGCAUUGCAUCUUUGGAGAGACGAAUGGAGGGCUGGUAUUAACUGCAGUCCUGAUGAAGAGUUGUUGCCUAAAAACUGCAACUCUACGGCAUACGAUCUGAGCUUCGACAGGAUUGCUCGAUUGCCUGUAUACCUGCGUAGUGCGACUCACCAUAUUCGAGGAUUCCAGGUGUUUGAUUUUGAAUAUAGAAGAGAUAUCCCUAUAAAAGUUGCUUGCAUCUGUGUUGACCAACGUGGGUACGAAAAGUCGAGGCUUGUUCUAGAGUCAUACGAAAAAAGAAGGCACAACUUCGAGGUAAGCCGUGGAACGAGGUUUAACAAGAUCUUCGCAUUCAUGUCACCGCCCUGGCGUAAGGUUGGAAUGUUACUUGAAGAACCCACAUCGACAAGAUUGGUUGUGCUGCAUAACAUAUCGAAAAAGACCGUUAAUCUACGCGUGGGUACAAAGUUGGUAUUGCGUUGUACUCUUGGUACCGCACUGCAAGACGGUGCAAACGAUACAAUAACUCCAACUGUUUGGUUACCUGAGAUGCACAAUGAAUUCCAUUAUAUUGUAAUCCGCACAUCACAAGGCAGUACGCUUAUUAGGAAAGCGCACAGAGAUUCAGUAGCUACUACGUUUGGCGGCCUGGAAGUCAUACACCAAGAGAUCGAGAGGGGACGUGCAUAUGAACAAUUGGUGAUGAAGUUGAAUACUGGUGCCAUCGCAAUAUCCAGAGACCCAGUUCACACGGAACGCGUGCCGAUGAGGUUCGUAUGCGGCAAGGCGCCCCUACUGUCGGAUUCGUCCGCCGUCUCCGACGUUGCGUCACCCUCAGCAUCAUCUGCCCGGUCGACUACUAAUAUAACAGAAUUGGCAGAAAAAUACACUUGGAAUAUUGUUAAAGUCAACGUGGAGACCACUGAUCCCUAUAUGCAAGGUUGCGGUGUUACAUACGAAUCAGAUGAGCUGUUCAAGCCUGAGACUCCCCAACUCUACGAUGCGGACGGACAGCCUCAGUUUGGUUGCAAGAUCGACAUUCAAGCUGCCAAGGAAGCGGCGUUCUACUGCCCGCCACCGUAUCUCCUGGACCCACCCAACUGCUUCUACCAAGUCUCCGUGAACGGCGAAGUGAAGAACGUAAGCGACGUCAGCACGUCGUUGGUCGAUGUUCCAUCCAGACAUUUUGUUAUCCUGAGGUUUGACAGUGAGCUCAUUGGACCUCGCGAGACACUCCGCGAGACGCCACCAUUGGAAUGCCGCUGCGUCACUAUCAAGGGGGCCAUCCUAUCCACCAUCCGGAUCGAGAACUAUUACUCAAAGCGUUGA